AGUUAUUAGUUAGUUCCUCACUGCUUCUUCACAGCAACUUCCAGAAAUUCACUUGCGUGCAAGCACCACCUAUCAUAUUCAUAUAUAUAUAUAUAUCUAUAUCCAUAUUAUUACCUUACCUUGAUGAGAAUAAUAUUAUGGAGAUCUCCACCUAGAACCUACCUCUCUAUUUCUUCUUCUUCUCUCCCUCACCCUUUUAUAUAUAUAUUCAUUCUUAUUCCACUCUCACACUCAAUUCUCCACCAACCCCAUUCUCUCUUUCUCUCUUUACAUAACUCAAUUUCUCCUUGUAUCAUUUUCACUACACAUAUUACAUUAUUCCUUCCAAAAUGAGCACGCAGCUGAAAAGGUUCAACUCAAUGGAACGCAGGCCAAGAAUGCUGAAGGACUUCCUCAGCGAGAAUCUAAACUCGUGCUCCUCAAGCGGCUUCAAAUCACUUCCAAGAAAACCAACCAACAACAACAGCAUGCACAGCCUCAUCGAAAUGGAACUCAAAUCUUCAUCACCCUUUCAAACACUCAUGAACACCAUAAGAAGCAUCUCUCUCUUCACCUCAAAAUCACCCUCCGUGCUUUCUCUACCGAGGAGCCUCUCACGCAAGCUAUCAUCUUCAAGGAGAAAAACAAGAACAAGAAGAAGAAGGAGCCAUGUGUGCAGCAGCGAUGUCAACAUCACAACGGUGGUGAAGAUCAAGGACAUCAUACGGUGGAAGUCAUUCAGGGAUAUCGUGGUGGAACCUUCUCUUCCACCACCACCGUUGGAUUUCAUGGUGGGGUCCACCAACACCACUUGUAGUAGCUGUAGCAGUGGCUCUAGUUGGACUGAGAGUGAUUUUUUUUUAACCUCGUCCUGGGAAGAACCACAAAACGACAACGUUGAAGCGGGUAAAAGGUUUUCAUUUUUUUCACCCCUUGUUGUCGGCAAGGACUCCCGGGCUACGGACACUUCAACUUGCCAAGAAGAACAACACAGUCCAGUUUCAGUUCUUCACGUUGGAGAAGAUGAUUUCUCACCUUUUGAUCAAAGUCUUGCCAAUAUUCUAAGGAGAAAACAGAAGUUCAUACAAACAGUUCAAAAAUUGGAGAGUCAUGCAAAAUUUGACCUUGCAAACUUAGACCAAUGUCUCUCAUUGGAUGACAACUCUGGCUAUGAUGAAGAAUAUGAAGAAGAAGAAGAUGAUGAUAAUGAUGACAUUGAAGAACAAGAUUGGAUUGAGGAAAAGGCAAAGCAGCUGCUACAUUGUGUCAAAGCAAGAGUUUCAGCACAUGGCUGUAUAGACUAUUUGGAUACACUUCUGUUGGAUUUUUUCAGGGAAGAACUAAGUGGAAGUAGAAACCAAUACAAGAAUGAAGAGGAGUUUGAGUUGGAGACAUUGAGAAUAACUGAGGAUUGGAUAAAUGGGUCAUUUGCUUUUGAUGCAGGGCAUGCUGACAAACAUGCUUACAUAAAGGACAUGGAGAGGAGAGAUCAGUGGAGUAGGUUGGAGGAGGAUCAAGAAGAAUUGGCCUUUGAAAUUGAGACAGCUAUAUUGCAUAGUUUGAUUGCUGAUCUUCUGGACCUGGAUGCUUAAUACUUAAUAGUUUCCCUUUUCAAAGUUCAAAUCAAGUUUUGGCAAUUGCUUCUUCGCCUCCAUAAUGGCUUCGUGUACCUUUUUAAGUUUAUGAAACACCUAAUUCGGAAUGUAAAUUACAUUCCAGAAAGACUAAUUCGAAAUGUAAUUUUACAUUCCAGGUUAGGUGGAAGCAAUUGCCUCAAGUUCUUUAAGAUCUCUGGGCCUUUAGCCUCACUUUUCUCAACAGAAAUUAUCUGGCCGCACUUGAAGUCCGAAUCAGAAAAGUAGGUUUCAUCCUACAGCACCCAUUUAGAUUUUAGGCUUACCAACCAGACCAGAAAAAUAAGGAUACCUACCAACCAAGGGCAGAGGGAUGCCUACUUUUGUGGUAACAAAGGACAUAUAGGUCAGAGUUUGGUGAGUUUUGGAUACUGUUAUAUGAAGGGGUAAUGAGAUGCUAGUGGACAUAAGUACAUGAUUGGGCUGUACUGUACUUAAAUUUAGUUAUGGCUUAAUUAGAUUUUGGACUUUGGAGUGUAGCAUAUUAAUUAGUGGAUUUCAAGGCAUAACUCAUGCCUACUUUUGUUAAGGUACAGGUACUGAGGAAGUCUUUUGAUUGUGCUGUUGUUCUAUAUAUCUGUAAAGGAAAUUAAUCAGCAUGUAGCACUUCUCUUUUCAGGCUAAUGUUGAAAAAGUUCAAAUACAAAGCCUUUCUACCA